AUGGCAGUACUACACCACUACAAUCAGUCGAGUGGUCAUCUCCGAUAUGGCAACAACUGCAGUGCAGUAGUCGUCACCAACUGCAUUCUUCGUCGUCCCAACUGUUUUGCAAUUACGGUAAACUAUUUUGUCGUGCUGCUGUUGGGUGUCGUUUCGUUGAUGAGCGAGUCGACCACUGGUGUACUAAUGUCUCCUGGGUAUGGCGGAUACCAAAGCACGACGCCGCCGUCUUACUAUGCAACAACAACAUACGACACGACCAGUUACUACACUGAGGUCCCCAAGUACUACACCACCAAGGAACCGGAGUAUUACACAACUACAAAUGCCGCGCCAGCUUAUUACACCGAGGCUCCCAAGUACUACUCUGCUCCCAGCUACUACACCGAGGUUUCAGCUUAUUACACCACUGAAACAGUUGAAUACUACACCGAAGUAAUCAUGGUAAACAAUGGCCUGCUGCUGUUAGGUGUUGAAUCGUUGAUGGCUGGAUUGACCACUGGUGUGUCGAUGUCUCCUGGAUAUGGCGGUUAUCAAACCACAACGCCGGCGUCUGACUGCACGACAACAACAACAUACGCAACGACCAGUUACUACACUGAGGCCUCCAAGUACUACACCACCAAUAUUCCAGAUUGUAUACAAAAACAUAAGCUGUCCCGAGUUACUACACAGAAGCCCCGAAGUAUUAUUCUUCCCCGAGUUCCACCACCAAGUCAUCGGAGUAUUACACAACUUCGUAUGCAGCGCCAGCUUACUACACCGAGGUUCUCAAGAACUACUCUGCUCUCAGCUACUCCACCGAGGCUCCAGCUUAUCACACCACUAACGGUCGAAAACUUCACAGAAGUGCCAAAGUACUACUCUGCCCCGAGCUACACAACCCUAACUGAGGCGGCCAAGUAUUACGUAGCCCUAACUUUCUACACAACUGCUGCCCCUUCGUAUUACGCUGAACCAAAAUACUACACUGAAGACCCAGUUUGCUACACCACAACCUACGCUACACUCUGCUACUACACCGAAGCUCUGAAGUAGUACACUACGAAGGAACCUGAGUUUUAUGCCACUACAUACGAUGUUCCGACCUGCUACACCGAAGUUUUAAGUAUUACUCUGCUCCGAGUUAUUACACCACUAAGGGAUCUGAAUGUUACACCACGACCGACGGUUCUCCAGAUAACUACAAGGAGGCUUCUAAACUAGAUCUGAAAUUGUUUUUCAUGUGAUUUCACUGAGAAUUGUUGUUGAUGUUGAAUGAGAAAUAAAUUUGUAUGCGGGUAAACAUCUUGUAAAACUUUU